CAUUCACGUACACUUCGCUACUUUGCUUUGAUCAGGAACGAACAGGCGAGGUUCACUUUGCUAGCGUACGGUAUCCACAUCUUGUUGUUGAUACUUUCUAAUGCAUCACAGUAUUGUCAGCUUGAUUGUGGUCUUCAUCGGCUUCGUUGCGACAACAAGCGGAACUGCAUGGACUUGGGGUGCAUCGUCGGAUGGCGCACUUUCAUUUGGCAGUGACAGCACAUCCGCCGGGGCCACGCUCAAGAACGCUUGGCUAGCCAAUAUGCCUCAGUUGCUACUCUCAUUCUGUUACAUGAACAUAAACAGCUUCUGCACAGCUAUCACUGGCACAGAAGAAUGGAACAAUCUGAGCCGUACACGCAAGGCUCUCCGUGUCAGCGAUCCCAGAGGUCAACAGCGAAACACUUAUUUCCUUCAGCUUCCAUACCGCUGGUCCCUGCCUCUACUUGUCUUGGGAAUGGGCUUGCAUUGGCUGCUUUCACAAAUCUUUUUCCUGGUGCGCCUCGAUGUCCUCAAUGUCGACGGCCAACUUCUCGAAAUUUACUCACGAUCAGCGUGCGGUGUCUCGGCAUCAAGCUUCCUCGUCUUCUUCGUCCUAUUCAUGAGCUUGUGCAUCACUAUUCGCCAUUUGGCAAGUCGGAAGAUUGUAACGGGACUACCGCAGGCUGCAUCGAAUAGUUUCAUCAUAAGCGCUGCUUGUCACCCUCCCAGUGAGGAGGUCGAUCCACACCUGAAGCCUGUGCAAUGGGGCGUUGUUACAGGACAGGUAGUGGAGGGGCGUGAGCAUUGCUCGCUCUCGUCGCAACCAGUCACUGCACCGGAGGACGGAAAGAUGUACAACUAGCAAUGUCAAGACCGACUACAAGAACCAACAGAGUCUAUAUUAAAUCACAUCGGUCAGCAAUA